AUGCAUCCUGGGCCAACCCAGAUGGGUGUACCUCCAAGCUUUUCGUCUAGGAGGGGACACGCCGCUCAUUUGGGUAAUUUCGAACUGCCACCUCCAUCCGCGCACAAGUUUUCUUCCUUCAAUACUAUCAACGCUUCACAGUCGUCACAAGCUCCAACGACUAUCGCUAGCGUUGGCAACCUGCUUACUCCACCGAACAACAUCCCCGGUGAAGUAUUGAGUCCUUCUUCAGGAGUGUCGACAAGCAGUGCCCAGCCAGCAACAAUGUCUUCCUAUAACCAAAGCGGGGGCUACAUGUACUCGCCAGCUUCCCAGCCGUCGAGCCAUUAUGGAUAUGGUGCUCCACCGCAAAACCAAUAUAACCAAGCCCGAGGAGGGCUGAAUCCGCCACCGUACGAAAUGAACCAGCAGCUGCCGCCAUUCACGCCAUCGUCCGUGCCGUCCAAUAUGCCUCCGAUGCCUGCACAACAUCAGCCUCAUCACUUGAUGAACUCACAAACUCCAGUGUCGAGUUCAGGACCUCAACAGUCACCCGCACAUGCUCAGGAACCUUUCAGGCCACCACCUACACCAACUUACUCAUAUCCCCCCACCACGACACCACAUCAGGCCACAUUUUCUUAUUCGACAGGCCCAUCACCGACACAUCAAAGCCCGAUCAGCGGAGGUGGACCCAUACCAAGGAUGUCGCCGGCCGUGUCGCAUGGCGCGAUUCCCUCGAUACCAUCUAAUCCGGCGCCUUCGCCCCACCCUUACCAACGGUCCUACGGCAACUACGUGCCGGCUCCCAGCCCAGUGUAUACGAACGUGAACAACCCGAACGGCCAAUUAGCUCUGGUCGGCGGCGUUCACCCCGGAAUGAUGCAAGGAUUCAACAGUGGACAUGCAGCCGCUAUGCCACAUUUCCUCGGACCACAUCAACAUCAGCAACCACCUGCCAACGAUCGACCAUUCAAGUGCGACCAGUGCCCACAAAGCUUCAAUCGAAACCACGAUUUGAAGCGACACAAGAGGAUACAUUUGGCAGUCAAGCCAUUCCCCUGCACGCAUUGCGAUAAGAGCUUUUCGCGAAAGGAUGCGCUCAAGCGACACAUCCUGGUCAAGGGCUGCGGCAAGAUUGCAAACGCUGGAGACGACACCAAGCGGGAAAGCCAAUCGCCGGACGUCAAAGCCGAAUCCGUCGAUACGAAAACCAUAAUACAUGGUCGCGCAUAG